UUCAUUUCCGGUGUAAAGUUUUCAAAAUGAGAAAGUUUUUUAAUUACUUAUUAACCUGUAGUAUUAUUGAUUCAUAGCCAUGUUGUCUAAAAGUCACAACAUGACAUAUAUCCAAGACUAAGUAAAGUCAUAGUUUACCGAGAUCGAACACAAUUAGCCAGUAGAAUGAAGAAACAGACAUAUCUCCACCAGGAUAGUUUUGAACAUGUCAGUUAUCCCCCACAACUACCAAAGUCCCCUGCACCUUUUUCACCCCCUGAGGCUGAUCGUAAAUGUCCAAUGUGUCGGGAGGAAUACCAGAGUUAUCUAGAUUGUGAUGGGAGACUUGUUGAUGAACAUAGGUUCAGGAAAGCAGUUUUUAGAGGAGGGGUCAGUCCAGACAUCAGAGUUGAAGUUUGGCAGUUUCUGUUCGGCUUAUAUCCAUUUACAUCUACAACUAGGGAGCGGUCAGUAAUGCUGGCAGACUACCACGUAAAAUACCAAGCACUUAAGACUAGGUGGAAACAGUUGCUAUGUCAACAUGUACAGUGCAAUAAAGAAUUAAACUCAGAGAAAUUUUUAUCACCAUGUUACCUGCAAGGCAGUGGUUACAACAUAGAUGAUACAGCCACAGAAUCCAGCCAGAUCCCAACCAGUCAGAGCCUCUCAUCACCAGAAAUACAACAGCAGAUUACCUUCAUGAAGCUACAGGCAACAGUCUAUGCUGGCAGACAGAAUAUUGACAUUGGUCAACUAAAGCCCUAUAUCAGAGUCAUUGACAAAGAUGUUCCACGCACAGAUCGAGAUGUACCAUAUUUCAGUGGAGACAGUAACCCCCACCUUGCAGUAUUACGUGACAUCUUGAUUACAUUUGCUGCAUAUCAUCCCACCGUCGGCUAUGCUCAAGGCAUGAAUGAUAUCUUAAGCAGGUUCUUAGUUAUCUUUGAUUCAGAGGUGGAAGCUUAUUGGUGCUUUAGCAGCUACUUAGAAACAAUUAAACAAGAGUUCAUGGAGAAAGGAAUGAUGAGAAAAUUAGAGCUUCUUCAGCAACUUCUGAUUAAACUAGACCCAGAUCUUUUUAAUUACUUGGACCAGUGUGAAGUUGGUGAUUUAACAUUAUGCCACAGGUGGUUGCUGUUAGGUUUCAAGAGAGAGUUCCCUUAUGAUGAUUCUUUGCGUUGUUUUGAGAUCUUAAGCAGCCAUCAUCUUGAAAUGACAAGCAUGGAAGCAGAGAAAGUUAGGGAUGUAGAAAUCAGGAAAGAUUUUGAGCAGCAAGAGGGUAAGGUUCGCAAUGCAGAGGUGACAGUUAAUACAGAAUUCACAUUUGACUUGUUCAUGUGUGUGACAGUUUUAAUGGAACACAGAGAGAAACUGUUCAGGUGUACUGAUCCUGCCGAAAUAUUUCAAGUCAUUAACAGUUUAACAAUGUGCCUGAAACUGGAAGAUGUUUUUUCAAAGUCAGAAACUAUGUUUUUCAAAUAUUGUCGUAAAUCUGUCCUGGAAUGCUUUGAGGUUCUUGAUGUUAAUCCAGCCAUGAGAAAAAUUAAGAAAAAAUGACGAUGACGUUCAUAUGACCAAAAUGCUCAUUGCCAAAGAAAGUGCAUCAAUUGGAGGAUAAUGGAGGCUUCUCCUUCAGCAGACAAUAAUAGAUAUACCUGAGUGGGAGGAUUCUCCUUUGGGAGACAAUGAUGGAUAUAAUUGACUGAGA